AUGCUUAUUAAAUAGUCAAAGGUUUUGUUUAGAUUUAGAUAUUAUCCUUAGAAUUUGUAAAGUUCACAUAUUAUCUUUUUAAUAAGCCGAAGUAAGAUACAAUUAUAGACACGUGUAACGUACUUCAUUUUGGAGUGCACAUAACUCAAUAAAAAAAAUUGACCUAACGUUUACAGUUCAAUAAGUUUAAACGUUGAGUGCAAUGAUCAACUAGUUAACCAAGAUUGAUAAAUAUUAGCUAUAUGGGUGUUGGCUCUUUAUAAUAUUGUCUAAAGCUGUUCAGGUGACAACCACAUAAUGUCCAAUACAAUGGAAUUCGUGAUAUGUUCUUGUAUUCUUUCUGUAUUAAUUUGUCCAAUUGGUGGGAAAUUUUGUUAUGACAAUUUUGUGGAUUUACUUAAAUAUACCACAGACAUAUACUCAAUCAACUUUAAAUCGACAUACACUUGGAUCGACAAAUUAAAGUGUGACACGGAAUACAACUUUACGAUUGUUGUGAUCCCAACUGAGUAUUCACUGGUGCCUGCUGAGAAGUUCAUAGCUGUGUUUUUCUUUAUUUAGUUCGAGUCAUUCUAUAUGUGUCUAUGGUUAGUCUCUAUCUACGGUUGUAUGCCGUCUGACUUACCAUAUUUUUAUUUUGCAAAAUUCAAAUAUUUUUCAUACAUAUUUAGCCAGGUGUGCCGCUAUUUUUUCAUGUGUUCCAAGGUGUGCCGUUGGCUAAAAAAGGUCGAGAACCACUGAUUUAGACAAAUAUUGUAUGUACGUUGAAGACUUCUGGUUGCCCGAGACCAUAAUAUUCAAUAUAUUAGAAACUAUCCCUACAGAUCGUGUGUACGCACACGAACUCUGUAUAAAAUAACAAUUUCAUUCAGACCUGCAUAAUAGUAGUGAACUGUCCUUUCAGCAAAUAUACCUACCCCUUUCUUAUUCUCUCUCUGGCUGGUAAUAUAAUAUAAUAUGUUUAAAGCUUUAUUAAUAAUAGACCCGACACUCAACGGACAGUUAUAACCUAGGAUAUAUGCGAGUAUAAGCAAACUAAACAACUCUCAUUAUGAUGAUAUUGUUCUUAAUACUUUUAGUGUGUCAGCUCACUCGUGGGUAUUUCUACAAAGAACUCGACCAGAGUUUUAAACAUAAAUUAGCUCAACAAUAUUCACCUGAAGAAAACAGUAAAACAAACUUUGAUAUAAGAUCCAAACAGUAUCAAGUUGUUAAAAAUGUUGUCUGGUUCAAUCAGCCAUAUUGGACUCAAGAUACGAUACCCCUCGGUAAAGUUUUCUUCUCUAACUGUGCUGUAAAAAGCUGCAAACUGGUACCAACAACUCCAUCCACUAUAAAGUCGAGCGAUGCUGUCAUCUUUCAUGCCGUAAAUCUACCCGAUGUUUCCCCUCCAAAACGACACCCAAAGCAGACGUGGAUAUUUUUUGGUUUGGAACCUCCUUUUCAUUACAAGUCCCACGUUUGGGCAUCCAAUGAUUGGUUCAACCUUUUUAAUUGGACGAUGACAUAUCGCUUUGAUUCCGACGUCAUUCACCCUUAUUCGGUAUCCAGAAAUCGUGAAAUGAAGGGAUUUAAAAGAAGAAAUUAUGGUGACAUUAUUAAAUUAAAAACUGGACUGAUAGCCUGGUCAGUAAGUAAUUGUGAAACUCGUGGGAAGAGGCGACAAUAUGUGAAACAACUACAGGAUUAUUUUCAGGUGGAUAUUUAUGGGAAGUGUGGAACAUUUCCAUGUAGAAAGAAAUGUUUUGACGAGAUAAAUAAGAAGUACAAAUUUUACUUAGCUUUUGAAAAUUCGUUUUGUAAAGAUUACAUUACAGAGAAGUUCUUCAGAACCCAGAAUCUAGACGUUGUCGCCAUUGUUAGAGGAGGGGGAGAUUACUCAAGGUUUUAUCCACCCGGAACAUACAUAAAUACAGCGGAUUUUUCCUCCGUGAGGGAACUUGCCAUCUAUUUACAAUAUCUGGACGAGAAUGAUGCUGCUUAUUCCGAAUAUUUACAUAAAAAAUCAUUGUUUAUUUCUGGUGACAAUAUCAGAAAAAUAGCAUUCUGUGAGAUGUGCCGGAAAUUACAUGAUAUAAACGUAUAUGGACGAACAAUUUCCAACAUCAGUGAUUGGUUGAAUACCUGUUUUGAGCCGCCAGAUUUAGAAGCAUAUAUAACUGAUGAAUCAGAAUUACAACGACAAUAUAUUGAUGUGAUUGCGUCCAAAAAGAAAAACAAGCCAAUUUUGCAAAUAGAUUAUUAGAUUUCUGUUGGAUACGAGAGAUUAUCAAAUACUGGUCUGUUUCCAAUUUCUAACUCAGGGCCAAAUAACUGGUCUGAAACCGAUUCUCUUCCAGUAGUGUCAGUAGAUAUAAUAAUACCAAGGUGAGAAACGGAUUGGAAUUAAAUAACUGGGAUCAAAGUUCACUAUACUCUAGAAAGAAUUGUUCUGUAUCCCAAGAAGAUCCCGAAUCGGGUCUGCCCUCUGUUUGCCCCCCCCCCCCCUCCUUAAAUAAUUUUUAAAAAAAUAAAAUAAAAUAUUUGUGAUAUGUUUCGGUAAUCAAUACCUUCUACAGUGAUUAAAUCCCACUCAGUCAUAGAUUUGCAUGUUGUAGUCAGUGUGAUUUCUUACCAGACUCAUCCUGCUGUAAACCGGGGAGAGGGCUGGGUGGCCAAAUGGUUAACGCGUGCGGCGUUGCACCAUAAGGUUUGCCAUUGAGUCAAGUAGCGUGGUUCCGAAUCCCCGCUUGUCCAACCUCGUGGAUUUUCUCCAGGUCCUGCGUUUUCCUCCCACUGCUAAAGACCCCCUAGGCGCAAGCGAAUUAAUGAAAUGUUAAUCCCGAAAUGACCUAGUUUGUGUCGAGUGGACGUUAAAACCCAUCUCUCUCUCUCUCUCUCUCCUGUAAACCUAAUAUAAAUACUAACACGUGAACCACUUGAGAAGUGUUUUUUAAGAUCCUCAAAGUUUUGGGGUAUAGGUUCAACGCAGCGAGAAAAUUCCUUCACUUCGAAUCACUUACUCCGUUCGGUUGUUCAUUUGACACUUUCCUCUCUCGUGGGAUAAGCUAGUAAUUAGGCAACAGGACGUAUCUGGACACAGUCGUUGCGGAAUCCGGUCACUUGCUUCGCUUGAUCCAAAUUUAGAGAAGUUUCUGGACUUUAAGAAUGUCUCUGCGUUGGCAAAAAGCUAUGAUCUAAACAUGGAAGACUUAGACCGAGAGUUCCGCCAAGCAAAGAGAAUAAUAGACUGGGCCAAUCUGAAACUGGAAACGGUCAAAGAUCUUCAUGAUUAAUUGAUUCUGUUGUGAAAAUGGCGUUUGUUGAAUUAAAAAAAAAAUCAGCAGAUAGCUCUAACUCUCCCGGUUAGCACAGCCGGAGUAGAGAGACAAUGGUCGACAAGCGUCUCCGCAACAUGGCUGUAAUAAGUUUCCACGGGAGCGGGCAAUGUGGCCGAUCGCUUUUCUACAAUAUACCCGAAUUCAAGAAUUUAUAGCAAACCGAUUGAUGAUAAGAUAUUUUGUUGAAUAUUGUUCCUUACUCAUAAUAAUACAAUAGUUUGCAUCUAAAUCAUUAUGCUUGGGUGUUCUGAUAGCAGUCUGCACUUUAUUAUUCAAUUAUUGCAUUUCUUCAGGCAGUGAUUUUUAUAAUUUUAAGUGUUUUUGAGUAAAAAACAGUUCUAUUUAUCUCGAAAAUGUGCAUUCCGGCAGUCUAUUUUUCAAUAUUUUCUGAGGGAUGACUAGGCGUAUCCUGUCUCACUAUCGAUUUUGAUCAGGUUCUUUUUCGUUCAAUUAAAUCAGGACGUACUUUUCAGAUUUUUAACAAAUCCUUUAAAGGAGGCAAGUCUCUAACUCAAUAUCACCCACAGUUUUCUACAAUGCAAACACGACUUAAUGGUCAAUUUCAAUCAAUAUUGAUGUUGUUAUCUCACCUGAAAAGAUGGGCUUCUGAUAUCCAAUAUUUAAGACAAAAUGAAAAUUCUAAAAUUGGGACACGAAUCGUGUUCCAGAAUGCUUUCGAGUGCCAAUUAUAAUGACACGACUAUACAUACCCCACAGGAAAAUACUACCGGUGUGGACUGGAAUAACCAGAUGCCAAAGACUGCCAUUCAAUUUGGACUCUUUGCGUAUUUCGCUGAACAUAACUGAUUAGAAAUUACAAUAAAAACAGAAAUGGUUGAAUGAAAAUCUAGGUGCUAAAGAAUAGGGAUUUAGCCACUUCAAUCUUGAUGAAAAAGUCAUUUUGAUCCCAUCGUCAAGAUGAUCUUGUUUUUGUUAUAUCCGACUUUUAUAUCUUCUGUCACAUCUCAUUUCUGCUGAAG